AUGGGUAAUGAGGAACCUGUGUUCGACGGCAAAGUGGGAAGCAUAUUAGUCGCCAUGGGCUCAGCCAGUUUCAUCAUCACAGUUUUCCAUCUCAUUGUCCUUUGUCGCGCUCAUCAUCGUGCUCGUGUCACCAACCAGAAUCCACAACAACAACAACCACGCAGCGUUAACGUUUCGGUGCCGCCACACCUCAUUCCGAUUCACACGUACCGAAAGAAGAAGAAAAGCGUUGAUGAGGUGGCGGCGGAGGGCGACGACGACGAAGAUCACACGUGCGCCGUGUGCUUGGGAGAGUUCGAAGACGGUGAAGAGUUGAGGACGCUGCCGGAGUGCUUGCACUCUUUCCACGUCGCCUGCAUUGAUCCGUGGCUCUCUUCCCGCUCCAGUUGCCCCGUUUGCCGCGCUCAUGCCACGCCCUCGCCGGCGGUGGAGCACCCUGCGCCGGAGUUCAGUGCGCAUCACAUCAUAGAUAUAGAUAUCACGCAAAUUGUUCGCUUUCAAAAUGGUUCAGCGCUACUCUGA